UCCUCUCUCUCUCUCUCUCUCUCUCUCUCUCUUCUUUUCCGUGCUCCCCAAAUGGCUUCCAAAAUUUUGAUGCCAAACCCAGUUAUGAACAGUCAAGUUACGGCAUUAUCUUCAGUUGAGCUUUUUCCCAAGACUUCUCACUCUUUUGGGCAAGUUUGUUUUCCUAAAAAGCGUGAGUUAAACUCUCAAUUACAAUCUCGGAGAUCAGUAAUUGCUUCCGGUAUUGCAUCGCCGGCUGCAAAUAAGGCGAUUAAAGCGGCGAAAACCAGUUCAAUUUUGGCUCAUUUUUGGAGGGAGAUUCAAGGUUUUAACAACUGGGAAAAUCUCGUUGAGCCCUUGCACCCUCUUCUUCGUCAAGAAAUUAUACGCUAUGGCGAGUUUGUUACCGCCUGUUACAAGGCUUUUGACCUCGACGCCAACUCGAAACGAUACUUGAACUGCAAGUAUGGGAAAAAGAACAUGUUCAGAGAAAUUGGAAUGGAGAAUUCAGGCUAUGAAGUCACUAAGUACAUUUAUGCAACUCCAGAUAUCAACAUCCCCAUCCAAAAUGGCGCUUCCUGCGGACGUUGGGUCGGAUACGUUGCCGUUUCUUCUGAUGAUUCUGUUAAAAGGCUUGGUAGAAGAGAUAUUGUCAUUACAUUUCGAGGCACAGUGACAAACCCUGAAUGGGUCGCUAAUUUCAUGAGCUCAUUGACGCCGGCGAGGCUCGACCCUCACAAUCCGAGACCGGACAUGAAGGUCGAGUCCGGUUUUUUGAGCUUGUACACUUCAGAUGAAAACGAUAAGUUCGGUUUAGGAAGUUGUCGUGAGCAACUUUUAUCUGAAGUAUCGCGCCUUUUGAACAAAUACAAAGGCGAGGAAUUGAGCAUAACGUUGGCCGGUCACAGUAUGGGGAGUUCAUUAGCCCUACUUCUCGCGUAUGAUAUAGCAGAAUUGGGUUUAAAUUCAAACAGUGAUAAUCAUUCAGAGAUUCCAAUAACGGUUUUCUCAUACGGAGGGCCGAGGGUGGGAAACGCAGAAUUCAAACAACGGUGCGAGGAGUUGGGAGUGAAAGUGUUGCGAAUUGUGAAUAGUAAUGAUCCAAUUACAAAGCUUCCCGGGGUUGUUUUCAAUGAAAAUUUUAGGGUUUUGGGAGGGACGAGAUAUGAAUUUCCAUGGAGCUGUUCGUGCUAUGCACACGUGGGUGUCGAACUCGUUCUUGACUUCUUCAACAUGCAAAAUCCUUCAUGUGUACACGAUUUGGAGACAUAUAUCAGCUUACUUAAAUGCCCAAAUCCAGUGGAAAUUCAAAGGGAAGGUGUGGAUUUUUUUAAUAAAGCGAGAGAGUUGCUCUUGACUGCGCAAAAUUUUAACAUGUUUCCAUGGAAAAUUGCCGCGGAUAACAUGGUGAGUUUAUUAGUUCCAUCACAAAGGACAUAAAAGUUUCUGAAAAUUAAGUACAAAUUUGUAAUUAGGUAGAUGAAGAUGAAGAUGAUCAUGAGCUUCUUGGCCUUGUAAUUUUUUUCUGAAGUUAGAGAAGCUUAUUGUGAAAUUAAUUGUACAUUAGGAGGGAUGGAUAUCGAUUUUUGUGAGCCUGUGAAAUGAAUUCACAAGCUUGUUAUAGCUAUUGAAGCUUUAAAAUGAUUUUGUUGUAACUAAUAUUGAACAUA